AGCAAUUUUCGCUCAAGUCAUUCUGACUCAAGCCGCCUGGCUUAAUUCAGUGACUCGGAGUCCUACUUGCUCGGUGCGCGAAGAUGCCCAGCAUGUUGCCACGUUCGCAGUCCAUGAUGAUCAGUGACGAGGCCUUGGGGUCCAUCGGCGAAGCGCUCGACAGCCGCCACUUCCGCGCCGCGCUCCAGGAGAGGCUUGCGGUGCUCGAGGCCAUCAGCAGCAACAGCGAGAAGAUCGGCGUGCACGUGAGCGGCCUGACCUUGGCGGUCUGCGCCGGCAUGGUCAACGCCGUGGCGUUUGCCAAGUUCGCCACGUACGUCAGCCACGUCUCCGGCUCCUCCACGGCGAUCGGGCUCCGCCAGUUUGGAGACCAGCCCGGGGACGUGCCAACGCCGGCGCUGCUCGUUCUUGACUUCAUCAUCGGGUCGACCCUGUGCGGCCUGCUCAUCCCCAAGGCGACGCUCAAGAUCGGCAAGGCGCCCUACUCGUCUGCCCUCAUGAUGCUCGCGCUCAUCAUGGCCAGCCCGAUAGUCCUGCGCGGCCACGGUAUUCUCGGCGCGCACCUUUUGGCCCUUGGCUGCGGCCUCCAGAACGGGCUCUGCUCGUCUUGGAGCGGAAACGUCAUUCGCACGACCCACAUGACCGGAACUGGCACGGACCUGGGCUUAGCCAUUGGUCGAAUCAUCGCCAGGUUUUUGACGAAGCGCACCAAUUUUACGCCAGAGGAUUGGGAAGAGCAUACCGCGGACAGGAACAAGGUGAUUCCUCUCGCUUCGCGGGGUGCACAUCCAUCUUCUCCUUGCCGGAUUCAUCGGGGGCGCGUGCUUGGGCUCCAUCGCCUACAACGCCUUCGAGAUCUGGACGCUCCUGAUGCCCGCGGGCCUGUACUGCGGCCUCGCCCUCGUGCACGACAUCUACGUUCACUCUCAGGCGGAGGAGGUGAAGCAGUCGGUGGCCCUGGAGUCGCAGUUCGAGCGGCAGCUGAGCGGGGCCAGCGAGUUCGCGCGGCAGAAGAGCGGCCAGAGCAACCAUUCCAAGCUCCUCGGCGGCAUCAAGGAGGAGGAGGACACGCCCCUGGCCGCAGCGUAGCGAGCGCGCGGUAAUUCUGAAGCCGAGUUGCUCAUGCACAGCUGGCGUCGGCCUUCAUUUUUAAGUCGACCAGACAUACGCACUUUGUUUCGAGUAUGGCUGAAUUAAUACUUAAUCGUGUGCUAGUCUGGGUGUUGUCGAAGUGCGAUACGCCAGCGAAAGGGCGCCGAUGUGCGACGCCAUCGGCAUUGCCUUUCAGCUUACAGCUCAAGUUGUCCAUAUUUUGGGCGUGCUCUUACCCCCCAGUCGCUUGCGUCUGGCGCCAGCCGCGAGACUGUUACGGCGAGUGUACCUCAAGCCUGGCAUAUUGAUGCAAUGCGACGGCGCUUGGGUUUGCUCCAAUUAACCUGCCCUGCUCCUUUUUCCGCCUCACUCUCCGAUUGGGCGCAACGCCGCCCAGUUUUGGAUGCAUGAAUUCUUGGCCCAUGUGAUAUACCCAGCGAUCGCAUUUCUGAUGAUGCGGGGGAGCAGAGGGGCAAGGGGAAC